AUGCAGUUCGGAAAUCUAUCUAUCUUGUUCGCCAGCAUCAUGAUCAUGGGCCCCGCUGCCUAUGAGGCAGCAUUCCCUGCAUGUCCUGAAGGCUUCAGCCCAUUCAACGUCAUCAACUUUGAACCUAAUGCCAAACCGGACGGAAGGCUCAUCCGUGCGUUCAGGUCGGACGACAAAGAACCGGCGGACUCGAAAGCUUGCUGCAAGGUAGAUCAACCCGGUUUGCCCGAUCCAUUUGAGCCUGGACAGUACUCACUUACCAUCCCGCAAUACAAGAAGGCCUGUCCUGGUGGAAAAUAA